AUGUUUUUUGUAAGGCAGUUCCCUUUUGAGGUCCCAAUGCUGCGCUUGGCCGGUGCUAAUAUUGUUCGCUCAUUUGUGAGAAGCUAUGCUAAGGACAUUAAGUUUGGAGCAGAAGGCAGGAAAGCUAUGCUCGUCGGAGUGGACUUGCUCGCCGAUGCCGUCUCAGUAACUAUGGGCCCCAAGGGUAGAAACGUGAUUAUCGAGCAGUCCUGGGGAAGCCCAAAAAUCACCAAGGAUGGAGUCACUGUUGCUAAAGCUAUUGAUUUGAAGGACAAAUAUCAUAACAUGGGAGCCAAGCUCAUUCAGGAUGUCGCCAACAAGACCAACGAAGAAGCGGGAGAUGGUACAACUUGUGCGACUAUACUAGCUCGGUCAAUAACGAGAGAAGGUUUCGACAACAUUAGCAAAGGCGCAAAUGCUGUUGAAAUCCGACGAGGUGUUAUGGCUGCCGUCGAGUUAAUCGUAAAAGAUUUGAAGCAGCAAAGCAAGCAGGUUACUACGCCCGAAGAGAUUGCCCAAGUUGCGACUAUUUCUGCGAAUGGUGAUAGUAAUAUCGGAAACCUUAUCUCCGAGGCAAUGAAAAAAGUAGGAAGAAAGGGAGUGAUUACCGUCAAGGAUGGAAAGACUUUGAACGACGAACUGGAGUUGAUUGAAGGCAUGAAGUUCGACCGCGGUUAUAUUUCUCCUUAUUUCAUUAACACAUCGAAGGGUGCAAAGGUUGAAUACGAAAAAGCAUUAGUUCUGCUAAGCGAGAAGAAGAUUAGCAAUGUCCAAGAUAUCGUUCCUGCCCUUGAACUGGCUAACAAAGUGAGGAAACCCCUGGUGGUGAUCGCAGAAGAUGUUGAUGGAGAGGCGCUCACUACUUUGGUGCUGAACCGUUUGAAGGUCGGACUUCAAGUGGUAGCAGUGAAAGCACCUGGCUUCGGUGACAACAGGAAGAAUACGCUCAGAGAUAUGGCAAUCGCCACUGGUGGAACUGUGUUUGGAGAUGACUCGAACUUGGUUAAGCUGGAAGACAUUCAACUCAGCGACUUUGGAGAGGUAGAGGAAGUGACAAUAACUAAAGACGAUACUCUUUUGUUGCGUGGCAAAGGUGAAUCGGCAGAAAUUGAAAAACGAAUCGAGCAAAUUGCAGAUGAGAUUGAACAGUCCACCAGCGAUUACGAAAAGGAGAAGCUCAAUGAAAGGCUUGCGAAGCUUUCCAAGGGUGUUGCGGUAUUGAAAGUAGGAGGUGCCUCUGAAGUAGAAGUUAGCGAGAAGAAGGAUCGCGUAACUGAUGCUCUCUGUGCUACCCGAGCAGCUGUUGAGGAAGGAAUUGUGCCUGGAGGAGGAGUUGCGCUUCUUCGGGCCCUUAGAGUUCUAACCGACUUCAAGGCUCCUAACGAAAACCAGCAAUUGGGUGUAAAUAUCAUCAAAAAAGCUGUCCGUCAACCAAUCAGCACUAUUGUAAAGAAUGCUGGCUUAGAACCUGCUUCAAUAGUGGAGAAGAUCCUCUUGAAUGACAAUAUUGGAUAUGGGUAUGAUGCACUCAAUGAUAAAUUUGUCGACAUGUUCGAAGCCGGUAUCAUUGAUCCUACAAAAGUUGUGAGAACUGCUUUGCAAGACGCGGCUGGCGUAGCUUCUUUACUUGCAACGACGGAGUGUGUUGUUACUGAACUACCCAAGGAAGACCCAGUGCCAGGCAUGGGUGGUGGCAUGGGCGGUAUGGGAGGAAUGGGUGGAAUGGGAGGAGGAGGAAUGUUCUAA